UAUCAACAAUGUUAAAAACGAAAAAAUUAUUUAUUUAAAAUUUAAAUAUUAAGAAAAUUAUCAAUUUUUCUCCAGAUUGACUCUGUUACAAAAUGUCUUACGACUUUAAGAAGGAAGAAGAUGUUAAGGAAUACAUAAAGAAUUUAGGAAUUGAAUAUAGAUUUGGAUGUUUCAGCGAAAACGAUCCUCAAAUAUGUCAGUUACUCGGUGAUUAUUUAGAAACCAUUGAAAACAAUCGAGAUAAAGCGGCCAGGAUAUUUAAAGAUAACUGUGACGAACGAAAUUUUGGACGUAGUUGCUAUAAGUACGCUGCCUAUUUGGAACAAAAAAAUUUGAAAAAUCUCAAACCUGUAAUGCCAGAGAUGAUUAAAUAUUUUAAAAAAGGUUGUGAAUAUCAUUGGUCUGAUGGGUGUUUUGCUGCUGGAAUGAAAUUACAUUAUCAUAGUGAUUCGAUAACUGAUGUUGACGAGAGAACAAAAAGUUUACUUGAGAGCCUACAAUAUUUGGAAAAAGCUUGCAAUAACCGGCAUUCAGAAGCAUGUUAUGUAGCUAGUAAUAUUCAUUUUACUGGUAUUAAAGAUAUUGGCUUAGAACCAAAUAAGCAAAAAUUUUUAGAAUAUUCAAUAAAAGCUUGCAAUCAAAAUGAAUUAAAAGGUUGUGUUAACGCAUCAAUUGUGUAUAAAAAAGGAGAUGGUGUACCCAUAGAUUUGGAACUUGCUCAAAAAUUUAAAGAGAAAGCAUUAGAUAUACAGAGACAAAUCAAAGAAGAAAAAGGCAUUACUUUUAGUUAGUACUUUUAUUAUUGAUUUGUUCAUUGUUAGUUAUUAUAAAAUUAUAAUUGUGAAUACUUUUGUUUAAAUAAAAUUAUUGUCAAUCCAGUAAUUUUAAACAAAAAUAUUGAUGUAAAUGUAAUGAUCAACUUGUUCUGUUUAAACUUUAAAUAAACUUUACCAUUAAUAUUUAAA